UCCCUUUCCCCCCCUCUCUUUCUUUCAUUCAGAAAGAAAUCAAAUCACACAACCCCAGCCAAAAAACCCUAGCACUGUAAGCCUGCACCACCGCCGCAAGGAGUGGCAUACUGCCGCGUCCGUCGCACUCAAAGUUCGCCAUCCGUCCGUCUAUCUAGCUUCCCUCGUGAUCCAAGUCUUCAACCCCUGUUCGCUGUCACCGAUCGCGGCUGCUUCCUCGACCUCGGCGUCCGUCGUCUUUGUCUGCUCAGCGGCGCAUCCGUCGCCGUUUGUUUGCCGUUCACGUUCGCGUCUUCGUUCAGCUGUCGUCUUCGUUCGCGUUCUUCGCCGUUCACGUUCGCUCGCCGUUCACCGUUCGAGUUCGCAGUCGUGUUCGGCUGGAAGCCACGUUGCUCUGCUUCAAACACUGCGACCAACCCGCGCGCUCCACCUAGCCGUUGAACUGCUCUCUUUUGUCGCCGCCUAUAAUAAGGCAGCACCUUCUGAUCAUCGUGAGAAUCGUUGCAGCCUUAACCUGUUUUGCCUUUGUUUGUUGUUGCCGGCACAAGAGUUUGUGCUGUUGUCGGAGCAAGACCCCUCAAAGUUGCUGUUGGCUCCUCGGCCUCCUCAAUGUACCUUUGAAUUUCGUGGAACAAUGAACACGCCCAUUAUUGAUCCGUUGCAGGGAGACUUCCCCGAAGUGAUUGAGGAGUAUUUGGAGCAUGGCUGUAUGAAAUGUAUUGCCUUCAAUCGCCGCGGUACCCUUCUUGCUGCUGGGUGCAAUGAUGGAAGUUGUGUUGUCUGGGAUUUUGAAACCCGGGGAGUUGCUAAAGAGCUUCGGGAUAAUGAAUGUUCUUCUCCCAUAACCAGUGUCUGUUGGUCAAAGUGCGGUAAUCGAAUUCUUGUAUCUGCUGCCGACAAAUCGUUAUCAUUAUGGGAUGUUUUGAGCGGUAAAAGAAUGACAAGAAUAGUCUUGCAACAAACCUCUCUACAAGCCCGUCUUCAUCCAGGUUCCUCUAUGCCGUCUCUAUGCUUAGCAUGCCCUCUCUCGUGUGCUCCAAUGAUUGUUGAUUUGAAUACAGGCAACACAACUUCACUUAAAGUUUCUGUCUCAGAGAUAUCCAAUGGACCAAACCUUCCAUCGCGUAACAAGUGUUCUGAUGGAAUUACCUCCUUCACACCAACUGCUGCUUGCUUUAGUAAGUAUGGCAGUCUGGUUUAUGUGGGGAACUCAAAAGGGGAAAUUCUUGUAAUUGAUCAUAAAGAUGGUGAAGUGCGUGCCAUGUUCUGUUUCAGUGGUGAUGGUGAGUGGGUUGUCGGGGGUUCUGCUAGCAAAGGAGAACACAAGAUUUACAUUUGGGAUAGGGCUGGGCAUCUUGUGAAAAUUCUUGAAGGGCCUAAGGAAGCUCUUAUUGAUUUAGCAUGGCAUCCUGUACGUCCUAUUGUUGUAUCUGUUUCUUUGAAUGGAAUAGUUUACAUUUGGGCUAAAGAUUAUACUGAGAAUUGGAGUGCAUUUGCUCCCGAUUUCAAAGAGCUUGAGGAAAACGAGGAGUAUGUAGAGCGAGAAGAUGAAUUUGAUUUGAUUCCUGAAACCGAGAAGGUAAAAGGUUCUGAUGUUAAUGAAGAUGAAGUUGUUGACAUUGUAACGGUGGAGGAAGAUGCUGCUUUCAGCGACUCUGAUAUGUCUCAAGAAGAGUUAUGUUUCUUGCCAGCAACUCCCAGUCGUGAUGUUCCUGAACAAGAUAAGUGUCUAGAAAGUUCUUCAAAGCUAGUGGACAGUACCAACACUGGAUCCCCACUUUCAGAAGAAGCUGGGCCAAAUGGACAUAUGCCGAAUCAAGCCUCAAGUCCAGUUGAAGAUGAUGCUGGUGGUGCACGUGUUAAAAGAAAACGGAAACCUUCUGAGAAGGUGUUGGAGUUACAGGCAGAAAAAAUAAAGAAACCAUCAAAACCUAGCAAAUCCUCUAAACCUAAAGGCAAAUCUUUGGUUGAUCAGGAUAAUAGUAAUGGUUUUGACGGUGUUGAACUUACAGACGAAUAAUAGCAGAUUGCAAUUUCUUCUGUGUUGGAAAAAAAAGACAUUGUACUAUAGUUUACUUUCUUUUCAUAUCUAGGAUCCUGACAAGAGAAAGUUAAUGGUUAGAAAUCACAUAGUAUGGAUUGGUCACGUGAAUGUUUUAUUGAAUUGAUCAUGGAACUAAGCGUUUUUGUAUAGUUGAAUUGGUAAAAGCUUAGUUUAGUUGAACUAAUUUUUAGUUAGUUUCAGAACUUGUUGGGUUUAUUGGUUUUAAUUGUAAUGCACAAGUGCCAUUUCCGUAGUAUGUGGAUGGACUCCAGUAAUGCUACAUAUCUGGCCAGUUUUAGCCAACUUGUAGAGUUGUAGCCUAUUUAAAACAUGAAUGUUUUAUUAUUACUGUCAUUUAGAUAUGACGAGCCUGUUCAUUUA